CCUUUUCUCCUCAUUGCUUUUGCCAAACACUGGCUUGCCUUCUGCUUGGAUAUAUACUUUACUCCCCUCGCUGUUGCAUACUUUGUACCAUUCGCUUGAAUACACCUACACUUGCGACCAUAAUAUUGUUUGCCUUUUUGGAAGACGUAACCCCCCGACCCGCGGGUUGGAAUUUUCACCAUGUCGCAAGAUACUGGUUUGUUUAGCAUCAAGCGGCCCCGCGAAACUCUUGGAAGUGUACAGAAUUUCUCGUCAUUACCGCAACCAUCAUCUGCGUUGAAGCGCACCAGUUCAAUUGGCUACCAAAACCCUCCAUACACCUCACAACACACGCGCUCGACGUCGCUGCUCAAUUCUUUAGGUCGGCCGCAGCAGCCAAACUUCCAGCGCUCGUCAUCAGGAGGCAGCUUCGGUCAUGAUGCAGGCCUCUCGUCUGUUAGGCGAUCUGUGUCCAGUAACCUCUUUCAAAAUGCAAACGUCGGCCGCCUGAGUUACGCGCCUGGCUCUUUCCCCGCCAACUCAUCCUCGCAGCAAACCCUCCAACAACGAAGAAGUAGCGUUUUUUCACGACCGUCUAUGGCCGGGGGCCCAAUGGCGCAUCAAUCCUUCUUUACUCAAGGCCCUGUUCCAGCAGGUGUUCCAAAGGAUCCACGGCCCCUCAAAGAUCGCGCUUUCCAGGCGCGAAUCGGCCAGGAACUUUUAGAGUAUCUCACGCACAACAAUUUUGAGUUAGAAAUGAAGCAUUCCCUAGGACAAAAUUCGAUGAAAUCGCCAACACAAAAAGACUUCACGUACAUCUUUCAAUGGCUCUAUCGCCGGAUUGAUCCAAGCUAUAAAUUCCAGAAGAGCAUUGAAGCCGAAGUCCCACCGAUCUUAAAGCAACUGCGCUAUCCUUAUGAGAAAAGCAUAACCAAAUCGCAAAUCGCCGCGGUCGGAGGUCAAAAUUGGUCCACUUUUCUUGGAAUGCUUCAUUGGAUGAUGCAGCUUGCACAAAUGUUGGACCGAUUUGCUCUUGGCGAGUACGACGAUGCCUGUGCCGAAGCUGGCGUGGAUGUUUCCGGCGACCGCAUUAUCUUUCGGUUUUUAACAGGAGCUUAUCAUGAUUGGCUUCAAGGAGGUGAAGACGAGGAGGAUGAUGUGGCUGAAAAACGUCUUGUCCCCCAUGUGGAAGCAAUGUCAGCUGAAUUCGAACGCUCGAAUGAAAAAUACGUGCACGAGCUACAAGCUUUAGAAGCCGAAAACCGCGCCCUUCGUGAUCAACUAGAAGAACUAGAGAAGAAUGCCCCAGACAUGGCGAAACUUGACAAAACCUUUCGCAUUCUGGAAGAUGAUAAACGCAAGUUUGAAGACUACAAUUCAAAUGUACAGGGGAAAAUCGACAAGUAUAACAGUCGCAUUCAGUUUCUAGACGAGGAGACCAAAAAGGCCGACAAUGAGCUACAGACCGCAGAUGAGGAGCGUACUAGUCUGCAAGCAAGUGUUGAUAGCCAGGGUAUUACCAUCCAGGAUAUUGAUCGAAUGAACACCGAGCGCGAACGACUGCAGCGAAAUCUCGAGGACACUGCGGGCCGACUAGACGAAACUCACGCGCGUCUAAUGGAGAAGGAAGGUGAAGCAAACCAAAAACUCGAAGAUCUGGAGCUGGUGGUAAAGCUUUAUAACACUCUUGGCUACCAGAACAGUCUGAUUCCUGGGACUGCUGUAAAUGCCAAAGGUGAGGACUAUGAACUUCGAUUAAACAUGAACGAGGCCACAUUUUCUUCUUCGCAACUUGGUGGUUCGCAAAAUCAAAAUUCCCCAGAAGGUUAUCGUCUUCUAGCGGAUGCGAAUAAUGGGUAUCAACCCAUACAUCUGUUGAAGCUUGACCUUAGAGGUGUGGUGAGAGCAAAUUUUAUUUCGCUUCGAAAGGAAAUCAAUGAGCGACGCAAAAAUGCUGCUGAGAAGGAUAUCUCUGAUCGUGAUCUACUCAACGAAAUCAAGGAGGCAAUGGAUGAGAAGCGCAGUGAGAUUGAGGCUUUGGAGCAUAGACGACGUGCUGCCGAGGAGGAAUUUGAACGCACUAAGGAAAUCACAACUACUCAAAAAGUGCAAUCCGAUGCACAAAUAGAAAAGAUGGAAAAGGAGUUGGCAAAGAUGCGUGCCUCGUUGAUCGAGAGCGUUCAGAUCAUGGAGCAAAGGGAGAUGAACACUGAUGUUGAAUACGAGCAACUUACGCUACGCGCCAACCAGCUUCGCGAGGAGCUCCAUACUGGAGUCGAGAGCAUGCUAAACGAUAUUAUUCGCUUUAAAGUUCACGUACAAAAAAGCUUAGAAGACUACGAAAGCUUUGUCGUUGACGAAGUCGAACAAGAAUUGGGUGGUGAGGCGCCGCCAACAGAAGCCAUCGAAAUGACAGAGGGUGACCUAAAUUGACGAACCCAUCUGGCAUUUACUACCCUCUCUUCCUUCGUGACGAUCGAUUGGCCUCCGAUAGGAUCUUCACAUGAAGGCGACGUGAAGACAAAUUGUGUCUUGAUACCUGCCUUCUCAUGUGUCUUCUUACGAGUUCUAUGAAUAAAUGAUGACUUGGCGAAUGUAAUACUUCCCUUGAUUUAGAUACCUUGGUGCUUACAGGAAGUUUGGUGCUCAUUCAGCGAACACGGUGUCUUCAUUUCAUUAUCAGGAUCAUUCUACUGUGCCUAUUAUAUUGAUAAUCUUGUUCUGAUAUUAUUCACAGCCUGGAAGGUGGCCAAGCCACUAGGAGUUUUAUUGUGAUUUAAUUCUGAGAUUCCCCAGCGAGUUUUAUAGAUAUCCCAACUUUGAUUUAAAUCUAGUUACAUUUAACCAUCAAAAUAGCUCCUCGAAGUUUGGAAGUAGCAG